AUGGACACAAGCGAAUACGAUACUAAUACCUUAUUGAAUAAUAACAUCUCGUCGAUCGUUUACCGAGUUUAUGAACCGUCUCAGGAACACGCGCAAACGUUCCCUUCAGCGGCGGCGGACGUCGAGACCGAGCUAAGAAACCGCGGCCACAUUGUCUACUACGACGCAACCAGACGCGUUCUGUGGUACUUUUACAUUUCGAGUAAAGAUGCGGUCUCGGGCGACGAAAGCGAUGGUAUACUGGGCAACAGUGUCAGUAUCGCUGGCGCAACACUGUUGACGGCUGACGAAGGGUCUUUCGAGCCAGUCAGUUUGUUCAAAGGGCGGGCGCCAGGGCAGCAACCCGCGAAUACACCGACGAGUUCGUCGUCGAGCAACUCGGCUCUUGACUUGUCGCUUCGAAACCAGCAGACAGGGAUCUCUGUACUGCCAACCUCUUCUGACCCCGAACCAAAGGGCACAGGCUUGGCUACCCUGCCCGACAUAUAUGAGCAGUUCAUCACGGCAAUUUUAUCAACGAUAUCGGCGGCCUUUUGCAGUCGCGUCUCGGCGAUACCCCUAAAUCACCGAACCGUUUUGCUGCCGUCAAAAGUCAUGCGAGAUGGCCAAGCUGAACGGGCUCUAGACACUGAAGCCGCCGUUGUUGGAACAUUCCGGAUCUACCUUACCACGACAGGGGCGUUGGUCAUGAGUUUGUCUGUGUCCUGCUGCGAGGGUCUUUUGUCGGUGAACGAGCCAUCCUCGCCGAGUCAACUUGUGCUAGGUUCUCAGAUUCUGGCCGCCCCCUUCGGUGUUCUGGCAAACUAUCAGGGAUUCGUAGGCGGAGGCUUAUCGUAUCCCGAACUUGGCCUAGGACAGACGCCGGAUACGCAGCUUUGGAGAGGCGCGGACGCUAGAUCCUCACAAUGGAGAGACACCUGCAUCAAAAUUUUCCAGUCCCGCGGGCUGUCCCCCAUCCUCCUUCAGUCUUGUCCAUGGAUCGCAUUGCAGAUGCUUCGCCGAAAAUCUGGCGAGCAUAAGAUUGAGGGUAAAAUGACGCCAUUUCCUUCCACAUUGGCUACGAUAUCUUGGCCUGCAGUCCUCUGUUUCCGUAAAAAGUCCGUUAUGCUUGCGCGAAAUAGCGGUCUAGGGGAUCCUGUGCUGCUAGCCCAAGACGAAACGUCUGAUUUCUUGAACGAAGCGAGGACAUGGUUUCAGCUCGGCACUGAACGGGACGAAAAAGUCUCUAAACGGAAAAAGGAGAGGGAAAUCGCGGCUUCAAGAGAGGCUGUCGCGGCAGUCCCGGCACAACAAGCAAACGGGCAUUCACCAUUAGGAUUGAGACGUGCAAGCAACGCCGCUGCCGCGGGUACGAUGUACCCUACACCGCCUGACGGAGUUCAAAAUCCCCUGGGUAUAACACCUUCCAUGGACGGGACGACUUCUAGCCCGGGUGCCCCAGGGACUACAAUGGCGGUAGUUGACAUAGAUACGACCAUGACUGACACAGGCACGCAUGACGUAUCCGCGAUGAACACUAGCCAGCACAACGAAGCAUACGGCGACGGAUGGCAUUCGAGCGAUAGUAAAAGAGACCGGGCCGACUCAUUUCUGGCUGGCGACAACGACAACCUGUUUGGUGAUAUGGGACCAGACAUGUUUGGGGAUACGGACAUUACCGACGCUGACUUCAGCUUCUUCGACGAAGAGGGCGGCAAUGAUCUCGAUCUGUCGGGCUUGCCUGACUUGGGUAUGCCUGACGCGCCGCCUGCGCCACCUGCGAUCCCGGCACCUGUGCCCGAGCCUGCAAAAUUAAUUCUUCCCGUAGAGGAAGCUAAGCCGGUACUCAGUCCUCCGAUAUUCGCGAAACCGGAAUUGAAGCAUGCGCGAAGCACGCUGUUGGAUGAAGGGAAGCAAAGGUCCAGCGUGGAAAAGACAGCUGGCGUCAAACGCGAAUCAAGUCCGUUCGAUCCAGAUACUGUCUACAAAAGAGUUCGGGCUUCCCUGGCGGACAUCCGCUCUGCUCAACAGAGAACACCAGCGCGGAAGGGCAGUGUCUUCGAUAGUGUGGACUUCGACCCGGUUCUGCCUCUUGUGAACAAGAAGUAUGAACAAGGCGGACGUUUUGACUGUCCCCCGAUAUUCCAAGGCCGUUCGCAAGACGCAAGCAAGCAGACCGUUUCGCAGGGCCCUCCAACGACUGACUAUCUGCGAAGACACGGAAAACAAAGGAAAACUUUGCGACAACCGGAACGUACAAAUGCGCUGAUUCGUACGAUCACGGGUAAUCUCGAGAACAGCCCCCUUGUUGCGAGCCCCGGAAAAGGGGAUGACUUGGCAUCUGAUGCGGACGAUGUUAGUCUGGUAUCAGAUCAGGAUGACUCGAGCACGUCAGAAGAUGAGCCAGCAUCGCCCUUCAAGUCUAGUAUCCGAAGACUCAACCUGGACGAUGACGUUGCCUCCCAUGUCACCUCCUUAAAAGACAUCGAAUCCGUGGAUGACUCUGACCCGGCGUUAGCUUUGGAUCUCCCGAAACUUGCCAAGGCUGAGGCGUCGGAAACACUGAUACCUAAAUACUUUGAAGACGCAGAGUCGCUCCCUAUUUAUCUUUCUCUCCCGGACGAAGAUGCAAUUACGAUUGCGCAGAUCGUGACCGAGCAGGCCGCGACGGGUAGCCUGAGAAUACGGGAUGCGCUUGCGAAUACAUUGAAUACAGCCAUUGUAUCAGAUACGCGGCGCCAGCUGUCUUCCCUUGGCCGGACUGCCCUACAGGCACUGCGCGAAGUUAUUCCCCCUUGCCUCGGAGAGUUCAACGCCUGCAACUUCAAAGGCCUUGUUGAAGUCCCCGAUGUUCCUUUGAUUGGACCGCCCAGCCGGCUUCAUCCGAGGCCGGCCAACCCGCGAGACAACGCGGAGCCACCAAAGCCGAACAACCUCUUUCAAAUUCCAGCUCCUCACAUGGAGCUUCGUCGUGCAGAAGCCAGGCUGUCGGUUCUGCCCGUAAGUGUUCAGUUUUGGGAAAGCCUGGGACUUGGUCCUGCUCAAGGGACGAAGGACGUCAACGUUGUGUGCGUAUUCCCUCAUUGGGACGGGAUGUCAGAUGUUGCUGCAGCAUUCUUGGAUCGCAUGCGAAACGUAUACGAACUUUUGAAACUGGGCUCCUUUGAGCGUCUGCCGUCCAGUUCUAAAGUCGCUGAUGGUUUGGUGCCUUUCGAAGCAGACAAGGUCGCAACUUCGCCAGGCACCGUGAGCCCUCACAUUGUUGCGGGCUUGGGCGAUCGUAUGGAAGCCCUUAAUCAAGGCCUCCUUUUGGCUAACGCUAAGGAGAAGAAUUUUGUGAUAUACUUUGUAUAUCCUCCUGACCAUCCUGGCUCCAUCGUCGAGGCCUGUACCGCUUUCCAGCAACUUUUUGAGAUGCACAAAAGGUCUCUAUCCGACAAAAGGCAAACGCCGACCAAUGAGUUAGUUUUACAGCUGGUACCCUUGGACUUCUUGACUUCCUCGAAAGGAAUGGUGGAGCCGACACCAAACGACGCGAUCAAGUUGGCGAUCGAGACAUACGAUCGUUGCACGUUAUUCGGCGGACCGAUGCCGUCGCCUGCCAUCAUACUCGAGCAGUCAUUCCCACGAGGAAUCGACUUCAAACUGUCCGCCACAUCGUCAUCGUCGCUCAUGCAUGAGAACACUUGCAUUCACAUCGCCUACGCCCAAAGCAUCGAUGAGAGGUGGAUCACCGCUGCAUGGACCGACAAUAGGGGCUCCCAGCAGAUGACAGCGUCUUACAACCUUGGUCGCAAGGGCAAGGCCCUUUCGACGUCGCUUAAUGAUGUCUGCCACGAGAUAUGGGAAACCACCCAUGAUUUGAUCUCCAAAUGGAAGGUCCAUUGGCGUGUGGUCAUAUCCAAGUGCGGGUUCAUGGAUGCGCAGGAGAUUGGAUUCUGGCAGGGGCUCGCGCAGACGGAGUCGGUGGCAACUGUGAGCUUAACGUUGAUAUCGGUCGAUACCAAUCCGUCGAUGCAGUUGGUUCCGCCCGCUAUCAAGGUCUCGGCAACAGCGCCAUCGGCUUUCUACACAACGCCUGUUUCCACCCCACAGGCGUCCAUCGUAUCGCCGGAGCAAAGUGGCACCCCUGUAACACCCAUGAAGGAGAACAACCCGGCGAACGCUGCGACCCCGGGCGGCACUCCUGGUGAUGGUAACGCAGAGCCAGCCGAAGGAGACGCCAUCCUCCUCGAUGUCACGGAUCAAUCAUGGGGCGCCGUCCUCUCGCACCGACUAAGUAACUCAUACUCGCUAGGCGAGCUGAACCCGGCUCUCAUCAGCGGCUACCUCGUCAAGCGCGGCGGGACAAAGCUUGAAGACCCACCCGUGGUCAUGGAGGUCAACAUUGUACACGCGGACAACAACCCACGCAUGUACGAGGGACUGAUGCGCGAGAUGCUCACCUACUUCAGGGGCCUCGGCACCCUGGCUCGCGCGAGGGGCGUUAUAGAUAGGGGGACGGAUGUCCGGCCUUGGCACAUUGCCGCGGCGGAAAAGGGCGUUCGGGCAUUGUAUCUUUUGAUGUGA